AUGGCACCUGCUGGCGGGGGUGUUGUGCUGGCGGCCGUGUUGCUGCUGUACUUGUGCGGUGCAAUUUUAUCCAGCGAGUAUUUCUCCACGUUGACCUUGUUCAACAGCGAUCUUCAUAAGCACGGCUGCAGCUCUCCGGCUGAGUGGGAGGAGUAUGCGGCGGAUUGCGAGUCAUCUAUCCUGCAACUAAAAGAUCCGGACUGCGAAGAGGGGAGUAACCUGCCCUGCGAGUCCAUCUUCUCACUCAAUGCAGAGAAAAUCCUUAAUCAGGCGAAGUUGUUUGUCGAACAGCGUCGGUUUCCAUUUGCUGUGGAAAACCAAAAUACCAAUGAAGAACUUGCCAUAGGAUAUGUUCUCAUUGGAAAUAGCCUGUAUGAUGAAGCUAUCAAACACUUCUCAUUGCUGCUACAGGGAGAUCAUGAGCUGGUCAGUGCUAUCUAUGGUCGGGGAAUAGCGUACGGCAAAAAAAGUCUACAGGACAUUAAAAACGCAGACUUGGCUCUGUAUGAGUUGAGUCGAGUCAUCACUUUGGAGCCCAACCGACCGGAGGUGUAUGAGCAGAGAGCAGAAAUUCUGUCUCCUCUGGGCCGCAUCAGUGAAGCUUUGUCUGAUCUGACUAAAGCCAUUCAGCUGCAGCCUUCUGCUCGACUUUACAGACACAGGGGGACACUGCUUUUUAUAUCAGAGGAUUAUUUGGCAGCUAUGGAGGAUUUCCAGCAGUCUCUGGAGCUGAAGAAGAAUCAGCCCAUCGCUAUGCUCUAUAAAGGCCUGACCUUCUUCCACAGAGGCCUCCUUAAGGAGGCUAUAGAGGUGUUUAAAGAAGCUCUUAAAUUUAAUUCAGACUUCAUAGAUGCAUAUAAGAGCUUGGGCCAGGCUUACAGGGAGCUGGGUGAUUUUGAGAACGCUAUGGAGAGCUUCCAGAAAGCUCUAAUACUGGAUCAGAACCACAUUCAGUCCCUCCAGCUCAGAGGAAUGAUGCUGUACCAUCACGGCAGCCUGCAGGAGGCCAUUGGCAACUUUAAGAGAUGUCUGCAGCUGGAGCCCUAUAAUGAAGUGUGCCAGUACAUGAAGGGUCUCAGUCAUGUGGCCAUGGGGCAGUUUUAUGAGGGCAUCAAAGCUCAGACCAAAGUCCUACUGAAUGACCCUCUCCUGGGGCAAAAGGCCAGCUCUGAGUAUCUCAAAGUCAAAUAUCUCAGAGAGUACUCCCGCUAUUUGCACUCUCAUUUGGAUGUACCUGUUGCUGAAUAUAAUGUUGAUCAAGAUUUACCAGGAAACUUUAAGAACCACUGGGCUAAAAACCUUCCCUUCCUCAUAGAGGACUAUGAAGAGCAGCCCGGACUUCAGCCUCAUAUUAAAGAUGUUCUACCUCAGAACUUUGAAAGCUACUCUGCAGAUGUUCAAAAGCUCAUCUGUACAGCAGAUCAUCUUGGCACGCUAAUGCAAUACGACACAUUAGGCUUCUUACCAAACCUCAGAAUACACAGAGCGAUGGGUUUGGCCACCAUAGAGGUGAUGCAGGCCAUGCAGCGUACUUGGAGUAACUCAAAGGUUCGAGUCAAUGGAAAGACCAGACAGCUGCAGUGGAGAGACAUGUUUGACAUCGCAGUGAAAUGGAGAAGCAGAAUUGCAGAUCCAGACCAGCCUGUGUUGUGGUUGGAUCAGAUACCUGCCAGGACUCUUAGCAGAGGAUUUAACAACCACAUAAACCUCAUCAGGGGGCAGAUCAUCAAUAUCAGAUAUUUGGAAUAUUUCACUAGCAUUCUCAGCUUUGUAAAGGACAGGAUACUGGUUUAUCACAGGGUAUAUAACCCACAAGGUCUUCAUGAAGUGAAGCAGGCUCUGGAGAAUGUGAAUAAAGUGGAGGAUCUACUGCCCAUCAUGAAGCAGUUCAACAGUAAAACCAGAGACGGCUUCACAGUUAACUCAAAAGUGCACAGUAUGAAGGAUCCUGGAAAAGAAUAUGACGGUUUUACCAUCACCAUCACUGGAGAUCGAGUGGGCAAUAUGCUGUUUUCUGUGGAGACUCAGACCACAGAUGAGAGGACACAGCAGUAUCAGUCAGAGAUUGAUGCUCUCUACAAAGAUCUCACUGCCAAAGGCAAAACUCUCAUGCUCUCAACUGAACUAGGGGAUGCAGAUGCAGUGUGUAAUUUAAUUCUGUCUUUGGUGUAUUACUUCUGUAAUCUCAUGCCGCUGUCCAGAGGCUCCAGUGUUGUGGCAUACUCUGUUGUCAUGGGAGCGCUAAUGGCCAGCAGGAAAGAGGUGCUGGGCCGGAUCCCAUCUGGAAAGCUGUUUGACUUUGAGGCGAUGACCACAGCCAGUCCUGAUCGCUUCAGUAAGACAGUCAAAAGCUGGAUGAACUUAAAGAGUUUGCCGAGUUGGUACCAGAACAUUCCAUCGGUUUCAGAGACGUUCCAGUUCACAAGGACCAUGAUUGAAGUUCUGAACACAGACUCUUCUUCACACUGUCCCAAGAAAUCUUGAACUUGAAAUGCCAUCCAGUUAUUGAAAACAUACAGUAAAGGGCCGGCUUUGCUAAGGGCAUCUUUGCUCAUAGUUCUCACUUUUACAUUGGUUGAGUUUUUACAUAUCAAAUUUCAAUUGAAAUUCAAUUGUUUUAUUUUAGCUUUUACUUUAAAAUGUUUCUAAUAUUUUCAGGGUUGAUUCCGUUUUGUUCAAGUUUUAGAUUACAUUUUACAAAUUUAUUCUGCCAUUUAUUAUGUCAUUUAAAGAAAUAGUUCACCCAAAAUUGAAAAUUGUCAUUAUUCACUUUUUCCAAAUCCAAAUUGUUAAUUUUUCCAUUGAACACAAAAGGGUAAUUUUUUAAGAAUAUGCUUUUCCAUAUAAAGAAAGUGACUGACGAAUGGGGAUGUCAAGUUUAAAAAUUAAAAAACAAAGAAACAAGUAUUCCAUGCCACUUCUGCACUAUAUUCUAAGUCUUCUGAUUCCAUAUGAUAGCUUUGUGUGAGAAACAGACUACUUAUUUACUAAUAAUUUCUCACCUGCCAGAUCUCUGAAAUUGACUACAAAAGUGGCACAUAGAUGCACGAUGGCAUGUUGCACCAUAUUUAAUUUGAGAGUUACAGCAGAGAGGAUUAUUUUCAGUGAAUAACAACUAAAAUUUCAAUUUGUUCCUCACACAUCAUACGACUUCAGUAGACAAUAUUGCGCCUGUUGUAUGAACUACUUUCAUUUUAACUCCUCCUCUUUUUUUUUUUUUUUUUUUUUUUUUUUUCGGAACUUGACAGCCACUGGUGGCUGUAUGCUUUAAUUGAAUGAAAAAGAGCAAAGUGGACAUUCUGCAGAAUAUCUCCUUUUGUUUCACAAAAGAAAAUAAAACAAGUUUAGAACAACAUAAGGGGUAGUAAAUGAUUAAUUUUUUUUUUUUUUUUUUUUUUGUGGUGAACUUAUUUCUUUAUAGUUUGGCAAUUGCAAGCAUCUGUUGUCACACUUUAAGCUGUUAAAAAAAGCAGGAAAUGUAGCAGGCUAAAUGAAAAUGUUAGAUAAAUGUCCUUCAUUUACAAAAUGUUUGUUUUUGAGGCAUUUAUAUUUUUGGUUUUAGAGUUGAAUCUGUGACAUCUUGCAGAGAUGUUCUUUGUAGAGUUAAUUAAGCAAUAUUCUUCAGGUUUGAGUUCCACUCUGAGUACUUGAACACAGUGAGGAAAGAUGUUUGCAAAUGUGUUUGUUUAAAAACAGGACAUAAGUUGUAUUGCUAUGUUCAUUGUCCACACUGGCUUGUGUGUAACUCUUUUUGUUGUAUCUGUUUAACGGCUAAAUAUUAUUUUGAUUUUAAGGAACACUGGGAACAGUUGCACCUCAAAUAAAGCCUCUCUUUGUUGCACUCAUUACAUAAUUUUAUUUUAUAAUUUUAUUAAGGUGGACCAUUUUAAAUAGUUUUUUUCUGUUUUCCUAUUCAUUUCAUGGUUGGCUCUUUAAUUUAUUUUUCUGGGAAGUAUUAAAGAAAAACAGUGAGUUUUCUUUUUCAGUAAGGGGAAGGAAAAUCAGGUUCUUUAAUGCACAAAAAAACAAAACAAAAAAAACAAACUUGAAAAUGUAAAAAAAUCUGUGAUUUCAUUUGAUGGUAUAGAGCCACAGUCAAUAAAA